GCACAAUGUAUCACGAGCAGAUAGGACAGCCACUCGAACACACCACAUUGGUUUCCUGCGUUGCAAUUUCUCUCAGUGGAGAACUGCUCCAUUCGGGAUGGAUUCCUCAUACGAUUUCUACUUUGCCCGCUGCAGUAGGGCUGAAGUUGGGCCAGAUGCUCUAUACGGAGGCCCUUUCAGAUGCUGAAAAGGUCAUUGAGCUCAACCCUUCGUCUUACCUCGGGUACGAAUUGAAGCAUGCAGCGCUUUAUGGAGCACAGCGAUAUGAUGAUGCAUUCGAGGCCUUCGAAAU